AGCAGGGCCUGGCUUGGGGAGGGGGCUGGAAGCGGGUUGGGGGCUCGCUGAGGGUCGGAUCCAGCAGAGGUUUGUAGGGGAAUGGGUGGAGGGUGGUGGUCGGGGGGUUCCUCCACCUCUGCGGGCUCAGCUGGAGAGGAGGGGGCUUCGUCCUUCUCUUUGCUGCAUUGUGACCCCCCCCUGGGUUGCUCCCCUCUGCGUUCUGCUGGGCUUUCUUCACCCAAAUUCACCUUCCUCUGCAUCCUGGGGGAGGAUUAGAGGCAAUAUUUCCCCGCUACCUUACCCCCAAUCCUCCCAGCCGAUGCUGGAGGGGAGCCCAUCGGCUGCAGGGAGAGCACGGCACGAGCUGGGGUGCCUUGCCCAUCACAAGCACUGCCCAAAAAAAGCCACCAAAGCCCCGCUGUGCUCCCAGACAGCCCAGCACAUCCACACAGCCCAUCCCACAGCCCUGGGGCUGGGCAUGGACUGGUUGGGGUGGCUAUACUGGCACAGCCCCAGUGUCCGGGCUGGAAGCGCACUGGGAUUAACUGGGGCUCCCAGCACCGAGUUGCUUCUCGCCCUGGUUUCAUCCUGAGCCAGGUCCCAGCUUUUGGUCGGUGAGCAAAGCCUCGGGGGUGCUGAGUGAGAGCUGUGAUCUGCCCGCACAGCCCCAAAAGUGCUGGCAGCUCCCAGGUCAUCAGCUGGGAUCCUGUGGGGCAGGUCGGGUGGCUCCGGGAAGUGGAUUUGGUGGCGUUUGGUCAUCCCAUCCGUCACGCCGAGAUCGUCAUCGCGGGUGCUGGCUGGCAUGUGGCACGGCCUCUGGCUGGAGAAGGGCACGUGGUUCAUGUGGGACAAGGGAUUUAGGAGAUGGGGCAGAGCAGCAAGCCCAGGUUGGGGCUCCUGGAGCAUCAGGGAUGGAGCACGAGGCAGGUGGAGCUCAGCCAAGGCUGUUUGGAGAUGGGCUCGGGUGGGCGAGCAGGAAAAAAAAAUUGGUUUUGGCACAAUGCUGCGCCAAGGAGCAGCUUCUGGGCAUCGGCUUUGGGGCUUUUUGUUUCCGAGCAUCCUGCACGUGGCCGGGUGUUGUCCUGGCCGUGUUCUCACAUAAAAUGCGAGCUGUAAUCCCUUCUCAAGAAGGGAGUUUCAUCACUUUUCUGACGUCGCCAGCAGGCUGGAUCUGACCUGGAGGUGAGCGGAGAGGAAUUUUGCAAGGCAGGUGCAGAAGAGGAGCUGCUGCUGCAAUCCUUGUUGCUUUUGCAAUCCAGCUGGUGGGCUGCCCUGACAGUUUGAUGUAUUCUUGUCUUGCUUAAUGCAAAGCACCGAAACCGUCCUUGCUUGGAAGCAUCACCGGGGUGUGCUGGAGCUGGGGAGGAGCCGGCGGGGCAGGACGAGGGACCUGGGACGAGAUGAGCAGCCCCCUCUAACUGGACCCCAAAUUUCUCUCUGGAGCGAUGUGGAGAGGUGGUGGGACCCCAGCCCCUACCCGGGGGAACGAGGAGCUGGGGAGCAUCUCUGGCUGCUCAGUGGUGCACCUCUGCGGUGUAACAACCACCCCGAUCCUCAUCCAGGCAGGACGGUGGCUGGAGGUUUUGCCCAAUUACCCCCAAAAUGUUUCCCCGCACCUCGGGGAGCGGAGCUGCUCGGGAAAUAGCCCGCGUUCUCCCCAUCAAAACCUCCUGGCAGAAACGAAGUAGCAGUUUGCUCUCAUCCAAAAGCUGCGUUCAGGCAGGGACUGGCCUGGCUGGAGAGCUGAAAAUGAGAUAUUUGACGGUGAUUUUUGUCUGGCUCGGUGCUCCCAGAGAAUAUCCGUGGGCUGAGCGUAGCCCCGUCACACCGGGGGCCAUUCCAAGGGUUUGGUUGCCAAACCCACAUCUGGCCUCUACUUGCAUCAUCUGGCAAGUGGAGCUUUCUGCUGGGGAAGGGCCGAAACACCAGGGGCUGGUCCAGGGAGCGAUGGCUCGGAGGAGAGGGCAGGAGGAUGGUCCUGGGUCCCCCCACCCAGAUCCCAGCACCAGCAGUGUUUGGGCACGGCUGGCCACCUCCUCCUGCUCCAGCUGCCCUCCUCCAGCCCUGCGAGCUCUCCCACCAGCUUUUCUCUCCCCAAAAUCUCCUGCAGCUCCUCUAAUUUGACCACCAGGAGUGCCAGGCUGCCCUGCGGCUGCUUGGCUCCGUUUAGGUUUGAACCUCUCCGCAAGGCGAGCAGCUUCUUGCAGUCAACCCCGUGCCCUGCGCUGGGAGAAGCCUCAGCUUGUUGCUGCUGUUUUUCGUGGUAGAAACUGAUGCUGAACUCACUCCUCUGAGGGAUCUGCAGAGCUCCCAGGCUCGGCUGAGUCACUGCAUGUCCUGGUACUGGGUUUUGCUGCGACACGCUCGGGCAGCACGCGCCCCGUGACCGUCUUGGUGCUGGCUGGUGUGUGGGCAGCUCCUUGCCUUGCGCAAUCCCUCCUGCUGGAAAACGAGCCUGGAUGUGUCAUCCAGCCCGACUUAGCCCAAAUGCUGCUUUUGGGAUGGAGAGGGGUGCUGUGCUGUGCCAUGGGGAUUGCAACUGCUGUGCCCACUGGGGAUCCAGACCCGGCUGUCCUGCUGCACGGAUGGGUGACACCAGGGCGCACGAGUCCCCAAACUUGUCCCCAAAACCAUCGGGUGGUCCCUUCCCUCUGCAGCCCUUUCCAGUUGUCCCUGCAUCAACAUGGGUGAAAAUGGGACAAAAACAGCACCGAGGGUGAAUCUCCUUGAGGAGCACCCCAUGAAAUCAAGCAGGAUUGUCCCUUGCAGCAAGACCAGCCAACAGGGGCUGCUGGGGCAAAGAGGUUCUUCCUCCCAAAUCAUCACCUGUAGGGCCACGUUUCUGCUGUCCCCAAAACCGACAAAUAGUUGGGGGAAAACGGAAAAGAGCAGAGCAAGCGAAGUGGCUGCAGAGAGGAGCCACCCAGGGUGACCUCGGAGGUCAGGCUGCGCGCUGCUGGAUCAGGAUCUGCCCCGUGGGCACGUUUCGUUUGCUGGAACCGAAGGCAGGCCACCCAGAGGUGUUGCUCGCCGUGUUUAUGCUGCUGCCUGAUUGCAGGUUUGCAAGGGAAAGCAACACCCUCUCCUCCAGGGACCGCUUUGCAGGCUGGCUCGGCUGGGGCAUGGCCUCUUGGCACAUCCCUUGGGGUGACGGCACCAAGGGGGUGUCGGGGAAGCCGUGCCCAGGCUGCCCCGUUCAUCAGGAGCAUCGUGGGCAGAAAAAAGUCACCUUCCCCAAGCACGAUGCCUCCUGGCUGUGCCUUAAUUAAAACCAAACCUCUGCUCCCACCUCGGUCCCCUACAGCCCAAUUUGCUUGGCAGCAGGCGGCCCUUGCCCCUCGGCGAGGUGGCAUUUGUGCUAUUCAGAGCACGGCUUGAGUUAUUUUUAGCUUUGCCACAACGCGUAAUAAAGCGCGGGCUGCCCGACGUAUUCAUCACAUAAAUAGUUCGGCGGGGAGGCCCCAGUUUGCCCGGCGUGGCGGAAGGACUGGUGGACGGGUAGAAAAUGAGGGCGUCUGGAAUGUGGCACUCCUCCGCGCUGGGGACGGCUGGGCCUGGGGCGCUGCCUCUGAGCCUGGUGUUAACGGGGUGAAUCAGAGCAGGCAAUUAGUGGUGGGGAGCCAAAAAGGUGCUUCCCCGUGCCAAGCGACCUGCCAGGGACCCCGGGGUGGCACGUGGCUGUGGCCGAAGGGGAGUGACACGUGGAGAUGCGUCCUGGGGACUCAGCUGGUCCAAACGCCACCCCAAAAUAUUGGGAAAGGAUCCUGGACAGCUUCACGGCGGGAGCUUGGUCCUUUCGGCUCCCCCAGGAUGGGAGCAGGGAGAGAAUGCGCUGAGCUAUGGGUUUUGGGGUGCUGCAGCAUCCCCAUGGUCUGGGGAAUGAGGAAUUGGCCCAGCUCUGGAGCAGCUGGGGCUCCUUUCCUCGCUCCUCUCCUCGCUCCUGGACACCCUCAGCACCGGUGUCCCCAUGCUGUCCCCUGCCACCAGCCAGGACCCAGAGCCACGCAGCAGCUUGGGCAGAAGGCAGAGAUGCUCCCAGAUUUGGGGGCGGAUGAUGCAGGGCUCCUGGAGCACCCCGCAGCCCACGCUGUUGUUUCUCUCCCCCAAAGAGCUGUACACGGCCCCCGACUCCUGCAAGGGGCGCUGCGAGGAGCCCUACAGCAAGGAGGACGAGUGCCACUGCGACGCCGAGUGCGAGAGCCACUACAACUGCUGCGAGGACUACUACGAGCACUGCCGACCCGGUGGGGAACGGGGCGAGGUAGCAGCACGCAGGCAUGCUGGCGAGGGUUUCUCCAGCAGCCACGAUGCCAUCAGCGACCAGGAGCUCCUGCAGGUCUCCGAGCAGCUCUACGGGGCCGAUCACAACAAAGCCCGGCCCCAGGACAUCACCAUCAACCCGCAGUACCGGGCUGCCCCCGACGAGACGGAUGACCAGGAGGAUCGCUCCCCCCGGCCGCUCUACGCGUUCGUGAAUGAGAAGCUCUUCUCCAAACCCACCUACGCCAGCUUCAUCAGGCUGCUGGACAACUACCAGCGGGCGACGGGUCGGGAGGAGGAGGUGACAGCGGAGGAGCUGAGGGAGCAGGACACCUUCCUCCAGGAGGUGAUGAAGACCGAGCUGAUGAAGAAACUCUUCGCUUUCCUCCAUCAGAAAAACCGCUACGGCUCCGAGCAGGAGUUCCUCGAGGAUUUGAAGGAGAUGUGGUUCGGCCUCUACUCCCGAGGCAACGGCGAGAAGGACUCCAGCGGCUUUGAGCACGUCUUCUCGGGGGAGGUUAAAAAAGGGCAAGUGAGCGGGUUUCACAACUGGAUCCGCUUCUACCUGCUGGAAAAGCAGGGACUCGUCAACUACUACAGCCACAACUACAACGGGCCGUGGGACUCCUACCCCGACGUGCUGGGGCUGCAGUUCAGCUGGGACGGCUUUUACAAGGAGGUGGGCUCCGCCUUCAUCGGCUGCAGCCCCGAGUUCGAGUUCGGCGUCUACACCUUGUGCUUCAUCGCCCGUCCUGGGAGGGCAUGCCACCUGAGCCUGGGUGGCCACAGCAUCAGCAUCCAGACCUACACCUGGACCAAGUCCACCUACGGCCCUGGCAAGAAAUACAUUGCCACGGCCUACGUGAUCUCGCCCUGAGGCUGCCCCCAUCCCGGCUGGGAGGAACGGGGCGGCCGCAGCCCCACUGCUCCGGGGCCCUGGGCUGCCCCUCGCUGCAGCCCCCCUGUGUGGGGCAGGAUUUGUCCCCCCGUGCGAGGGGGGGAGCCCCGGGACCGACGUGGGGCAGGACGGAGGUGGCUGUGGCCCUCGUGGAGGCAGCGAGGGGAGGGAGGCAGCAGCCCCAGUACCUCCCAGUGAUGCAUCGCCCAGUCGUGGCAGGAGAGCAGGGGGCAGAGAGGGACCUGCAGUGGAAAGAGGCCCCCCCGAGCGGAAUAAAUACUGACCCUGGACGGAGAUGCGGUCACCUCCUCGGUGUUGGAGACCCUGCUCUUGCUGCUCUGCCCUACAGGAUGUGCCGUGGGCACCAGCAGCUCUGCCAACCCCCCCAUGCCCCAGCCCCAUGGACAGGGUGGGCGUUGGGACCCCUGGGUGCUGCCAGGUGCUCCCCAAAUCGCCUUUCCCCUGGGGCCACCCCAUCCUCCCCGUCCCCUGCUCUUAUUUUACCCCAUCAGUGCGUGUAUAAAUGUGUGUGCAAACGGAUAAGGAGUGCGGGGUGCUCCCUUCCAUCAGAGACCCCAAGAAGACCCCCCCAUAGUCCUGGCUUCCCCAUCCCAUGGCAAUCCAAUGCCUGGACAAUCCUCCUGGAGAUAAAGUCUGCAGGGGGAAAUGUGUGCAGGGAAAUAUCCUUAAUAUCCCCUUCCCACGCAGGUGCACACGUGCGCAAAGUCCCGGCUCUUUUGGGGACCCCAGGGGACAGCGAACGGCUGAGAGCCCCCCCAGGACCGUGGCAGGAACCCCUUCCCCAUUUAUCUCCACGGCUUCUUGGGGGCACCUCCUUGUUGCCCAGGGUCUGGGCCACCAGAGGGGCGAGGACAUUUGGCAGAGCAAGCCCUUGCCAGCCAGGCUCGGUGCCCCCACCCGUGCCACUCACCCU